UCAUCACUUCUAGGAAGAACCGAGGACACAGCCACACACUAGUACCCGCUGCACUAGUAUUCUCCUUGCUUCACCAGAAGUUGAACUUGAAAUUCAUCAACAUAGACAAUAAUUUUUAUUUUCGCUCAAGAUAUAAUUCAUUGUUUGUUGCUUGUUUUGAUGCGCUCCGGGCGACGCGUACGAUCCCGCCGGAUUUCUUUGCGCUCUGUGUGUGUAGUGCUAUGGUUGUCAUUGUGGUCGACUAUGGUAUGUCCGGUCGCCACAGUCCCCGCCAGCUGCGGCUUUUGUGGCAUGCCGGGCGCGGUGUGCUGCAGGCGGCGGCGACUGCGCGUAGGUAGCGCCUGGCGGUGAGGCGCGACCGGGUUUGGUUGACGUUGUUGCGGCCUGCGUGCACUGUUCUUCGCGUACUCGUUUCGUCUUCGUUCUUUUUGUCUUCGCGUGUUUCCUUUCUUGUCUCCUCCCUGCUCGUUCUUUGUUCGCCACCACCUAUCUCGGCCCCCGUCCUAUCGUAGCCGGCAGCGAUGGGUUUACCACAGCGGCCGCUACUCGUUUACCCUUGUCUCCACUGGAGGCGUGGCGGCUGCGCCCGCAAGGACGCACCGCCGAAGCUGUUCGCGAAGUCGCGGAGGUAUGGGAUGAGCCGCUUCGGGUUCGACGCAGCCGCCCCAGCAUUCGCUGGAACCCCGUGGGCCUCUACUAGAGCCUGGAGCGCGGGGGACUCUGGUAGGUGCUGCGUGCUUGCCGCACGGCCAGGGCAAAACGGGCAGCCAACGUCCUCCCCGGUGACUCCGCUCGCCAAGCGUCCCAGCCUGCCUGAAGGCAUAGCGUCGCCGCUCGUCUUCCCGCGAGCACGUUACGCCUCGCAGGAGGUCCUUGCCGCAGCUGCCUGUGUCUGUUACGGUCUUGGCCGUCUUGCUCCUUGUGCGUGCUGCUCCGCUUAUCUGGCGCAACUUGGCCACGCGAGGCGCCCUCGCUGCCUCGGUGCGGUAUUGCCUGUGGCCGAUCGCUUGUCCCGUCUCUCUCUGCGGGGAAGUCCGAAGGGCUUGCUACUCCGGCUAGUUGGUCAGCGAUCUCGUUGCCGGUGGCGCCUGAGUGCCCGCGGGUGAGUCCCAGCUCUAGUCUGCCCGCUGGUCCGAGUCCUGCCAGGGCAGCGCGAAGAGCCGAGUACAGGGCUGCGUCGUUGUCGUUCCUAAGCGCUGGGUUUAGGAUCGCGCGCAAGUUGGGCUGGCUAUCGGUUAUGACGGCGACCCUUUGGCCAGGGGUAGCCUUGGCGCCUAUUCCCCACAACGUCGCCUCGAUUGGCGAUCCCUCCACAUCGAAGCAAGGAGUCACACAGCGGCCCGCAGUCCCAGGCGGGGCCGAAGUAUCCAGCGCUACUGUACCAGAAAGCCGCCGCACCACCUCGAAAAUCGGAGACCGGCCCGUCCGUGUAGACCGUCGCGCCUGCUUUGUUUGCUCAAAGCGUCGACGAGUGCGGGGCGGGGCGCCACCUGCUGCGCUUGGCUCGACGAUGAGGCGCCCGCCCUCCUGCGCCACGUGUACGCUAGAACAGCCGCCACCCGCAUGCGCGGCAACCGCUGGCGGCGCGGUCGACUUUGCUGCAUGCGAUGCUCCGCACUGGGUGAUCUUUCUCCCGGUCUGGAUCCAUCCGACCCCGGGGCGCCUGUCUACUACUAGAUAUAAUUCAUCUAAUGUUAAAGAUAGCAUGAAAAGCACUUUCUUACGCGACUUUUUCUCAUAGCUUUUUACAUGUUUGCAUUUUACUUGUGGUAUUCCCAUGAUUCGCUUUCGCGCAGACGCCAAUUGAUUGAUUGACGCCACGCCAUAUUGAAGAACCGAGAUUUUGAGAACGCAAACAAUCAAUGAAAGCACGCAAGAUAUAGGCAUAGGAGAAAAUGAACUGCCUCCGAAGUCUGUCAGCCAGUUUCAAUAAAGACCAAAAGAAUGGACGAGGAGUCAUGGUUUACUAGGUCUGGC